CAGAGCAGCCCUGCCUCAGCUCAUCUUUCCUACAUUUCUAGAGCCCCACCAGGCUCUCCUGCUGCUGCUUCUAUUCUUCUACCCUGAGCCCUUCCCUGUCUCACUGUCCCCAGUUCUCUCUCUCUCUCUCUGGAAUUAGGGUCAAGCCAGGCAGGUGCAGGACCUGCAGCUACCACGCCCCUUAAUCCUGGCAUUGCUGAGCACAGGUGUCCAUCCCAGCUCCCUGACCCAGCCAGCUGUCGGGCUGCAGGUUAGGAUGGCAGAGGAGGAGGGUUAUGAGGGCGAAGAGGAUGUGUUCCUGGCUUUUGCCCAGGGACCAUCUCCUCCCAGGGGUCCCAUACGGCAGGCCUUGGACAAGGCCUUCUUUAUAUUCCUGGCCCUCUUUCUGACCCUACUGAUGCUGGAGGCUCUUUACAAGCUCCUGUGGCCACUGCCAUGGGCAACAUUUGGGGAAUGGCUUCUGGGAACACCUCAGAAGGAGGAUGAGCUGGAACUGUGA